UUCCGCCCUAUAAAUCAUUCUCUUCCUUCCUCGAGUUUUCCCAAUUCUCUCUUCCUUCAUAUUUCCUCCAACACAAAGAAAUUAAGGAGAGAAGAAAUUAAACCUGAUUAGAAAGAGAGAGAUAAUCACAAUUCACAACAACAAAACCAUGGGUAGAGCUCCAUGCUGUGACAAGGCCAACGUGAAGAAAGGACCUUGGUCUCCUGAAGAAGAUGCUGCACUCAAAUCCUACAUAGAAAAGAAUGGAACUGGAAACAAUUGGAUUGCUCUUCCUCAGAAAAUAGGGCUCAAGAGAUGUGGAAAGAGUUGCAGGCUUAGGUGGUUAAAUUACUUGAGGCCAAACAUCAAACAUGGUGGAUUUACUGAAGAAGAAGACAACAUCAUUUGCAGCCUGUACAUUAGCAUUGGCAGCAGGUGGUCCAUUAUUGCUGCUCAGCUACCUGGAAGGACUGACAAUGACAUCAAGAACUACUGGAACACCAGAUUGAAGAAGAAAUUGCUUGGGAGGAGAAAACAAUCUAACCACAGCACAAAAGACACAAAUGGAUCAAUAGAGGAGAAUUCUUAUUCAAACAAUGCACUGAGCAGUUCUGCACUUGAAAGACUCCAACUUCAUAUGCAACUUCAGAGUUUUCAGAACCCUUUCUCUUUCUACAACAACACCAAUAACCCUACACUCUGGCCCAACAAGUUGCAUCCUUUUCAAGAAAAAAUGAUCCACCAGAGCCUGCAGCAACAGCAGCCCUUGAAUAAUCAUGAUGGCUCUAACAGCAACCCUGUGAUCAUGCAACAAAAAGAUGAGUUCUACAAGCCUUCUUUUGGUGAUGGUGUUGUGCUUCAACAAGAUGGUGCUAAGAUCAAUAUUAACACCACACCACAGGUUGGUGGUGUUUUGGAGAGUCCUUUGAGUAACAGUUCUGUUCCCUUCUCUGCUUCUGGGAGUGUUGCACCAAGAGGAGAAGGUUCUGAGAAGAAUUAUAAUAUGGGGUUUCAGUUUCAGUUUCAGCAAGUUGGUGCACUGCAAACUGAACUCGAUGACAUUCUCAACAACAGAACAGUGGGUAGUUACAUGCCACAGCAGGAGGAAGAUCAUCAUGUGGUGGCUGAUCAAUUUGAUUGUUUCAGAGAGAUGAAUGGUGGAUCAAAGGACAGUUUGAUUUGGUGGUCCAAUGAUUCUGACACCAAAUCAGGAUCCUCAAACUCUUGGGACUCUUCAACUAAUCAAGUUCUUCUGCCAGAAGGGAUGUUCCAAGAUUAUGAACUUGGUUACAGUCUUUGAUUAACUAGUCUCAUGAAUUUAAUUAACUUUCUGGCUAUCCUAGAUAAUUUGUAUUGCCUUGGUCCUAAGAUGAGGAAAGAUAAGAGUGAUGAGUAACAUGUCUUGUAAACAAUAUGGUGAAUAUGAUAAUAAUGUAUAUCUUUAAUUUGUUUGAGUUA